AUGGUGAACCCGUGGCCAUUCAUACAUCAACCUAACAGAGUGGCGCGAAAGACAAGUGACGUGUCAGUAGAUGAUUGGCGAUUUUAAACACGCGUGAAAAAUUAUCAUAAUGUUUACUCGCGUGAUGUCACGGCUUUUCUCAGGGCUAGAAAUCCUUGUAAAACACCGCAGUUUUUAUAACAAACUAAGUUUUUUCUUAAUACAAAAGCAGCUAUCGUUAUAAAGGGGAAUACGAAAAUAUUUCUGUGUUUCAGGUGACAGUUCAAUCUUUGUCUAAGGCGACCUGUUACAUUACUGGACGAGUAAGCAGUACAUGUCCUCUGAAUGAAGUUUGGAAAACGAAAAGCUUAACUUGUUAAUCUGGUUUUUUAAGUCUUUUGACAUAUUUCCUCAUUCUCUUAUCUUUCACAGUCCUCCUUCGUCCGAUGGAGACUCCAUGGUCCUGUGGCACACACAGAUAGUGUAUAUAACGAUCGUCAUCAGCAUAGCACUCAUUGGAAAUUUUAUCAUCUUCACAGCGAUCUGCAGCAUCAGACGUCUUCAUACAAUCGAUAAUGUGUUCAUUGCUAACCUGGCUGUUAGUGAUUUUCUCUUCACGCUCAUUGAAACAUGUUCCAACACAACCCGGCGGCACAAUGAGGCCUGGAAACCACCCCACGACUUUGUAUGUUAUGUAAUAAUGGCAUCAAGCGUCCUAUGUGCGUCCGCUUCGGUGUUCACUCAGACAGCAGUGGCUGUCAAUCGACAUUUCGCCAUUACGCGGCCGCUCCAGUAUCCAAACUUUGUUAACAAAACUAAAAUAUAUAUUUCCAUUCUGGUAAUAUGGAUCUUUGCAAUCGUUCUCGCCUCCCCACCGUUGAUUUGGCGACCUCAUAACGUUAUUUGCGGUGAAGUGGAGUCUUAUGACAAAAGCCCCACUUUUGAGAAGGUCUACAUGACCGUAGAAUGGAUUUUUAUCUUCAUAAUCCCGUUUGGAACCAUGUCGGCCAUAUAUUUUAAAAUCUAUCAAAUCGCUCGGAACCACGCCAACCGAGUGAAGCCUGGUACGAGCGAAGAGUCUGCCUCACGCACUGGCACCGGCGGUAGUGUGAGAAGAAUUCAAAUAUCAAAUUUAAAAAGACAGUUAAAAGCUGCCAAAAUGUUGGUGACCAUCGCUGGUGCCUUCCUGGUCAGCUGGCUUCCAUUCUUCGUGACCCUUACGCUGUGGAAGUUUCAGAAAGGAAUACAGAUAAAUCCUAAAGUUUUCACCAUAUUCCUGUACGUUGUUUACACUUUACCCGCCGUUAAUCCUGCAAUUUACGCCUUUUGGUCAAGAGAUAUACGAAAAGGGAUAAAACAGCUUUUGUUCUGUUGCAAACGAGACAGGUAG